AUGAUUACUAUCGGAUCCAGCGCAAAGCCGAUAGUUGAACAACCAAGCAAAUCCUGGGACGACGUCUUAGGCCGCAAUGUGAAGAUCCUGAUAUUUGGCGGGGUGUGGCGGCCAGUUUCGCGAAGUGGUUGGCGACCUUACGUGUUCCCGCUGUACUUCGCCUCAGUGUGUGGCAGCCUGCUCACCAUCAUAGGGCUGGACAUCGUCAGGAUCUGGCUGCUGUGGGGGGACAUGACAGAGAUCACCUACGCCGUCGUGACUGCAGUGUGCUGCUUCAACGGAGUCUACAAGAUGGUCCACUGCUUCAAACACGGCGACACAUACAGCCGGCUGGUGAGAGGCCUGAACGACCUCGUAGCGCUACAGCGGCCGUACUGCGAGAGGGAUGACACUCUCAUGGAAGUCUUCCAGGAGGUGUGCCGGAAGACCAAGCGGCUCACGAUCGGCUGCCUGACGUACAUGAGCGUCCUGGGGCAGAUGUGGUGCGUGUUGCCUCUCGUCUCGCCCGUGCCACCAGACAGCAGGGAGGACCCGAUGCCACUGGUCAGUCUCCCCGGGCUCCACAAGGGAAACACUGGCUGGUAUUCAUUCAUUUACCUGCUGGAGUGCCACACCGUUUUCUACUGGAACUUUUCCAGCUUCGGCAUGGACAUGUUCUUCGCCUCGAUCAUGAGCCACGUAACGGGGCAGCUCAAUAUCCUCAACAUGCGUCUGACACAGCUGAGACAGGAGGAGUCAUCAGAAGACCAGGUCCGGCCAUCCACGUGCAACGGAUUCAAUCUCAACACAAGCAACCAAGAUCAGGAGCAGAAUGUCAAUGAUUCUACCACAAUGUACAUCGAAUUGUGCGAGUGUGUGAAACACCAUCAAGCAAUAAUAAGGUACCUGGAGUUCUUGGACAGCGUGAUGAGCCCCGUGUCGUUGACGCAGUUCCUGUGCAGCGUGGUAGCAGUGUGUGUCACGCUGUACCAGAUAACAUUUAAUCCACAAGACAGUGCAGUGAUAAAAUGUGCCCUGUACCUUCCAAUCCCGGCUCUACAGAUAUUCAUCUAUUGCUGGUGUGGACAUGACACAAUGGAAGCAGGCCUGUCCGUGUCGCUGGCGGCCUACGGCUCGGGCUGGGUGGGGGUGGACCGACGCGUGACCAGCACGCUACGGGUCGUCAUGUGCAGAGCACAGACGGCGCUGCAGCUCUCCGCCGGCAAGGUCUACCCAGUCAACAGGGACACCUUUCUGUCGCUGAUAAACGCUUCGUACACAUACUACACGCUCCUACGGCAGAUGAGAAAUCUUUAA